AGUGCCUUAUAAAGAUGAAUUAAAUGCUCGCUCAAAACUUAUCGAUGAUUUGAUUGGUGAAACAUAUGCUUUAAUAUCAAAGCUAAAUGACUCAAAAAAACAAGGCAAAAUCCUUACUGAAAUCGAGAAGUUGCGAGAAGAAAAAGAUAAACUAAUAAAUGAUUAUGAACAAUGA